AAUGAAUAUAACAGGCGUCCCCAACCCGGGGACCUCAUCGAGAUCUUCCGCUCUUGCUAUCAGCACUGGGCCAUCUAUGUUGGAGACGGCAAGGUGGUCCACUUGGCCCCUGAAUGCGACCGUCUCGCAAACGGCGCUGCCAGCGUUUUGGCAGUCUUGUCUGACAGAGCGUAUGUGAAAAAGGACUGGCUGGAAGUCGUGGUGCGGAAGGACCAGUACCGAGUGAACAACAAACACGACAGCACUUAUCCGGUGGUGCCGCUUGCCAAGAUCCUCCAGAGGACAGAGGAGUUGGUGGGCAAGGAGAUGCCCUAUAACCUGACUAGCCAUAACUGUGAACAUUUUGUAAUGGACUUACGAUAUGGAGUUGCGAUGAGUGAUCAGGUCACCGAUGCCAUUGCCGUGGGGACAAUUGGCAUGAUGGGCGUAGCUGCUGCCAUGCUCCGAUCGGCGGCCAAGAGACGCCAGCAACGCUACGAAUAGUCUUGUGGGGAGGGGCCAGGGACCUCCACGGCGGGAUUCCGACCAGCUCUGGGGGUGUUUUGCCUGCCUGCCUAGUGUCCUUUAUUUGACAGAUUGUUUUCAGAC